AACCACUACAAACUGACUAGAAUUAGUGUAUCCGAAUGCUAUAUCACCGUCCAUUGGACAAUACUAAGUGUUUGGAACCAAGCGCAAACGAUAAGACGCUAAAGCCGAAUAACCAAUUAAUUCAUACUUGUCCGCUAAAAAGACAUUGGGUAUUGAAAUUAACGACCUUUUGCUCGUAUUGAGUGUUUAAGGUCAUUUCUACUGACGUUUGUGUCAGGUACCUAAGAUUUUUAUUGAGUAAUCAAAUGAAUCCUAAUAAUGUCAUAGGAUAUGGAUGGGGUGUUGGUCAAAAUGUUGCUCCUGGUUCACGAUGGGAACAACCGCAAAUCGGAUUUUGCUUCGAUUCACCAAAUCCUCAAGUCCCUGCAGUUCCUCCACCUUCCAUUCAGAACCCCGGGGCUCUCGGCUUCGCUUAUGAUCAAACUAUAGCAAAUCCACCCUCAGUGUACCCAAUAUUUGAUAGUUCACAACCAAAUUUAUUCCCUGAUAGAACUAAUAAUAAUGCACCGCCAAGACCAAAUGUUUCUCCAUCGGCUACACCCACUCAACCAAGACCAGGCAGUUAUUAUUCGGAUGAAUCAGUUGCACCAUCCGCUCCUCCUGAACCCAUUCCUACUUGUCAUAGUGAAUCAUCAAAAGUUAUUACAAUCACCAGACAAGACUCAAGUAAAUCCGAAGCAACAUCUAAAAUGCAGAACAAUACUAGUCAUCAUCAUCAAGAUCGACGUGAUAGUUAUCAAAAUUCCCUUAAAGAUAUGGCUGCCCUAAUGACUGAUGUCGAAUUAACCGAUGAUGUAAUCAAUGGGAUGCGUAAACGUUUCGAUUUACACAACUAAAUUUCAUGGAACUCUUCUCCAGCCCAUGUGAUGUUGUUAUAAUAGUUUUGUCAUUUUCCCUAUUGUGUGAAUAAUGAUGACUUGAUAAAAUUGUUAUACGAAGUGUGUAAAUUUUGUUUGUUUUUUUGUACAAGCGAUUUUUGUUCAUGAAAAUCACUAUGAUCACUUGCACAACAAUCAAUCAAUCAACUAAUGUUUUGAACGAAUGAUUAUGCUAUUUCUCUUUUUGCCCUAAGCAUUAAUUCGCUUUGUUUAUUUUAUUGCUCACCGUGAUUUCUGAUUGUGUUUAUCUUAGAAAUUUAUUGACAGACAAAUCAAGUAUUAUGAUUAUUAUUAUUAUUAUUAUGCAGUUACUACUGAUUUGAUGUUUUAUACCUGAUAAUUUAUCUUUCUGAUUUCGCAUUUGCUUCUGUGUUUUGUAUUGAUUUUCUGAAAAAGGAUGGGAAGCUUAUAUAUAUAUAUAUAUAUAUAU